AAAAACACCCCUAAAAUCUCAACUAUCCCCUUAAAAUUCACCUCCCCUUCUUGUUACUCUCUUGGAUUUGACGCCCUGGUUCCUGGAGGGGAUGAACUUCGCCCUCAGACCCCCAUCAGAAGGCAGAUCUGGACCUGGUUCUGGACCUGGUUCUGGACGUGGAACCAUCAUGGAGAACCUGGAGAAGCAGCUGAUCUGCCCCGUGUGUCUGGAGAUGUUCUCCAAACCCGUGGUCAUCCUGCCCUGCCAGCACAACCUCUGCAGGAAGUGUGCCAACGACAUGUUCCAGUCGUCUAACCCCCUCUGGCAGUCCCGCUCUUCAUCCUCCUCCUCCUCUUCCUCCUCCAUCGGCUCUCGGUUCCGCUGCCCGUCCUGCAGACAGGAGGUUCUGCUGGACCGGCACGGGGUGUACGGUCUGCAGAGGAACCUGCUGGUGGAGAACAUCCUGGACCUGUACAGACAGCAGGAGGCCAGCAGGCCUGUCCCCAUGAAGCCUGAGCAGCAGCUCGUGUGUGAGGAUCACGAAGAGGAGAGGAUCAACAUCUACUGUCUCUCCUGUGAGACGCCCACCUGCUCCAUGUGCAAAGUGUUCGGGAAACACAAAGCGUGCGACGUGGCUCCGCUCAGCAGCGUCUACCUGAGGCAGAAGGUAGGCUUUUACCACGACUGCAUGUUUCAAAAGAUUCAAAGCUGCAGAGUAGAAAUGGCCAUGACAUUCUUCUGACCUGAGCUCCUCCAACAAUGCAACAUAUAUAAAUACAAAGUAGUGCAAAAAAACGGUCAGCGUCAGAGGGAACGUCUGGAGGAGCGAUUCGAGGCUCUGGUGAACAUCCUGGACGAGAGGAAGCAGGAUCUGGUGGGUCUGAUCUCCAAACAUCACGACGACACACUGAGGCGCGUCCGCUCUCUGAUUGGUCGACACAGCGAGCAGCUGGAGGCCGCCGUCGCUCUGCUGGAGGCCGCCAUCCAAUCAAUGGAGGAGCCACACAUGCCUCUGUUCAUACAGAGCGCUGAAGUCAUUCUAGAAAAGAUGGCGGUGACAGCCUCUCACUUGGAGCGUCCUGAGGUCCGGUUUGAGAGUGUGAGUCACUUUGUUCUCGAUACAGACGACCUCGCUGACCUGCUGAGGAACAUCCACUUCUCCUCCGGUGUAGGAGAUGAUGGAGAAGAAGAUCAUGAAGAAAGAGAAGAGUGAAAACCUCUGCUGGAGAUUUUCAGAACAUUUGUUUAAAUAUGAUUUAAUAUUCUGUGAGGGAAUAUCAGGAGCGAAGCACACGGUGUGAAUCUCCCUGUUGACCUGUUUUGAUGAAUUAUUAUGGAAUGUAUUUCACGGGGCCUUCAUGGUGUUUGAUUUACGUUGAGAAAAUGUCUGACUCCUCACAUCUGUCACCAGCGUAGGGAGGAGGUAACUGUUGAAUAUGUUAUACAUAGUUGUAUGUGUAGUAACAAACACACAUUACACUACAUAACCUUAUCUAUAAGUUUAAGGUAAAACCUAUCAAAGGUGUCAUACAUAAUAAUCUAAUAAAAGUAAAUGUAACCACUACUACAGUGCAACAAAACAGGAAGAUUAAAUGUGGACUCUUAAACGUAAGAUCUCUGGCUCAGCGGUUCCUAACCUUUUUCAACUCAGGACCCGCUUAAGAAUCAAAAAUGUUUUCGCAGCCCACAUUCAACCAUAAACAAUACUGAGGCUGAAUAAAGUUCUGAUUGGUCGAUUCAGAACAUGUGACACAUUGUAAAUCCAGAAGAACAGACCAUUGUCAAGGACUGUGAUGACCGUUGCUAAGGACUGUGAUGACCGUUGCUAAGGACUGUGAUGACCGUUGCUAAGGACUGUAAUGACCGUUGCUAAGGAGGAUCAAGAAAGAGAAAGGAAAAGAGGUUCAAAUUUAAAAAAAAAUCUUUAUAAUGAAAAUGUUUCCACACAAAUCAUAAUGUUUUACAUUUACACCCUUUAAUAUUUUAUGUGGCCUUUUAGAUGAAGACCACACAGUUAAUAAAUACAACUCUUCUUCUGGCUAAAAUACAUAUUUUUAAAAGUCAAUCAAGGAGUAAUCUUAAUUUAAGGUGUUUGAAAGAGUAGAUUAAGAUUUUUAUUGCCACAAAAAAUGUAAGGGUCAUCACACCAUGAAAUGGGAAAGAAUGAGCUCUAACGAAGAGUGGGA